AUGUACGACCCGGAAGCCGCCGUCACGCAGGUUCACACGGACGCGAGCAGUUUAGCUUUAUCGGGAAUAUUGCUACAAGGUGGGACGUCUACCACUCUACACAUGGUGUACGCUGUGAGCAAGAAGACGACAUCUGCGGAAUCAAAGUACCACUCAUCACGUCUUGAACUACUCGCGAUUAUUUGGACAUUAAAUAGACUACGUCCGUUCCUUUUGGGAAUCAAAUUCACCGUAGUCACCGACUGCCAAGCUUUAGUGUAUCUAAACUUGCACAAAACAGUAAAACCUCAAAUCGCGCGUUGGUUCGAAGUGCUACACGAAUAUGAUUUCGAAAUUAAAUACCGUCCGGCUGCGAGAAUGGCUCACGCCGACGCGCUAAGUCGAGCGGUCGACGACGAAACCGAAGACGCGGACUCCGUAGACAAACAGUUGACGGAACGGCUGGAAGUGUGUGUUGCAUUGACGAAAGAGGAACGCGUCCGAUUUAUGCAACGAGCUGAUGAACACACGUGCAAGCUGAUCGCGUUGCUCGAAUGUAAGAACGACUUAACAAAGCAGGAAAAGAGCGAGAUAGUUAAUUUCGAGUUAUCGUCGGGAGUGUUGUACCGCGUAUACGAAGGGCGCCCAUUACUCGUUAUCCCGAAGACAAUGCGGAAGGGAAUCGUGAUCGAAGCUCACGACCACGGAGGUCACUUUGGACUCGAACGGACCAUCGCACGGAUUACUGCCGAUUACUGGUUCUCUCGGUUACGACGUUACGUGCGCCAACACAUUAACAUGUGUCUCGAUUGUCUAGUGCACAAGCGACCGUCGGGCAAGAGGCCGGGCCUACUGCACCCGAUUCCGCCGGGAAAACGACCGUUCCAGGUCAUACACAUCGAUCAUCUGGGGCCGUUUGAGACGUCGACUUCGAACAACAAAUAUCUGUUAGUUAUUGCCGAUAACCUCACGAAAUACGUGCAACUGUUUCCGUGCGCAACGACCGACGCCACCGGCGUAAUACGUAUACUUAAAAAGUUUUGUGACGACCGAGGUAUACCGGACCGGAUAAUCUCCGACAGGGGGACGUGCUUCACAUCGCGGGCGUUCAACCGAUUCUGCCUCGACCGCGAGAUCGCUCAUACGCUCAACUCUACGCGACACCCACAAGCCAACGGGCAGGUCGAGAGGGCUAACCGGACAAUAAUUCCGCUCCUCAGUAUAUCGACCUCGGACCAACGCCGAUGGGACGUAAAAGUGAAGGAAGUCGAGCGCCAGAUGAACACCGCAGUGAACAAAACAACGACCAGAACGCCGUACGAAGCCCUCCAUGGGUAUCUGCCGCGUUUUCGGCCGGGUGCCUUGCCCACGCUGAGUCGUACUCGGAACGAAAGUAACUCGCCCGAGGAAGUGCAAGCGGAGGUGCGCGAGAAUAUAGUACGCGAACAAAAGAAGAUGAAGAAUCGAUACGACCGAAAACAUUUCGACGGCAUUCGAUACGAAGUCGGGGAGGUCGUAGUCAUGCUGAGACAGCCCACGGCGGGUCAACCGUCAAAACUGCAAGCUAAAUACCGCGAGAAGCCGCUGCAAGUGAUGAAGGUACUUCCGAGCGACACAUAUCGCGUCGCCGAGCUCGGGUCCGACGGACACGAGAUUUACGCCACCACAGCCCAUGUCUCGCAGUUGAAGUCGUGGCGUAUUUUACGUGAAUCCGACGACGAGGUGAACGACCGAGAUGAAUCCGACGACGAGGUGAACGACCGAGAUGAAUCCGACGACGAGGUGAACGACCGAGAUGAAUCCGACGACGAGGUGAACGACCGAGACGAAUCCGACGACGAGGCGAACGGCCGAGAUGAAUCCAACGACGAGGUCCAGCUUCAUGCCCAACUUCGUCAGUCCGCAAGGAAGCGCAAGUUACCCGCGCGGCUCGAAGGCUUCGAGCUCGGCCGGCCCUAA